GCUUGUGUGCCAGAUUUGCAAGUUAACUGUACAAGAACAGUGAGACAGCAUAUGAAACUCAUCCUAUUUUUAUCCGAAGAAACAACAAUUGAAACUCCAGUUAGAGAUGGAGAGCAUGGAUCGGAUGCUUUUGUCAAGCUGGUACGAUGUUCAUUCCACAGUGCCCUCAUCCUACGUGCAAUUACCAGAAAACAGACCUGGAAAGGUCGUUAGUUCUUUGCAUGAGCCCAUACCAGUUAUUGAUCUUGGAGAACGUGAUCGUCCUCAUCUCACUAAACAAAUCCUUAAAGCUUCUCAGGAAUAUGGCUUCUUUCAGGUGAUCAACCAUGGAGUUUCCCAUGAUUUGAUGGACGAAACACUGAACAUUUUUAAAGAAUUCCAUGGCAUGCCUCAAAAAGAUAAGGUAAAUGAAUGCUCGAAGGACCCAAAUGGAAGCUGCAAGAUUUACACAAGUGGUGAGAAUUACAAGAAAGAUGCGACUCAAUAUUGGAAGGAUUCACUAAUGCAUCCUUGUCCUCCUUCUGGCGAAAACUUUCAGUAUUGGCCUGAGAAACCAUCUAAUUACAGGGAGAUUGUUGGAAAAUAUAGCAGAGAAAUGAACAGACUUACCCUUGAAAUUUUGGAGAUUCUGUGUGAGGGGUUAGGGCUUGAGCGAAGAUAUUUCUGUGGUGGACUCUGUGAAAAUCCAUCACUGGCUGCUCAUCACUACCCUCCUUGCCCUGAACCAACUUUAACAUUGGGUUUAGCUAAGCACAAGGACCCUACAAUUAUCACCAUUUUGCUUCAAGAUAAGGAGGUUCAAGGACUACAGGUCCUUAAGGAUGGGACAUGGAUUGCUGUUGCCCCUAUUCCCAAUGCUUUUGUAGUUAACAUUGGUCUACUCUUGCAGAUUAUUAGUAAUGGAAGACUUGCUGGUGUGGAACACAGAGCUGUAACGAAUUCUAGCAUUGCACGCACAAGUGUUGUAUAUUUUGUGUAUCCAUCAUUUGAAAGCAAUAUAGAACCUGCACAAGCUUUGCUCAAAGAAAGCAAUACUCCACCAUUGUACAAAUCCAUCACCUGCAGAGAGUUUCGUGCAAAUUUCUUUCAAAAGGGUCCUAAGGUUGAAGAAGAUUUACAAUGACUCGAAUACCGUAUGCUUACAGGAACGUAUCAUAUGUUUAUAGAAACUAUUUGGUCUUGAAAAGUUUAAUUCUAUGGUGCAUCCGUUCAUAUAUGAAAUAAUAAAUAACUUGUUACAUAUGUUAAUGAAGAUAUUUUUGUUUAUAAGAAUUUUCAAAUUGUGUUGUACAUGUUAUAAUUCUCCCACCAAAGAGGAUAUUAUGUAGGUAUAUGAAGAUGACAUUUGUACCCUUAUAGUGUUACAUUUAGGUCAUGUGUAUCUUUCCUAGAUUGAUAAUAUGUUCUCUAUAAAUCCAUGUAGCUCUAUUUCUAUUGGUAUGGAAUAAACUCGUAUUUUCUAUUUUUUUUU